AUUGUUUUUGCCAGCUUACGACUCGUAAAACUCACUACAGCGGCUUGGGACGUGAUCUAGCGUCCAGAAUUUUCCCGACUUCGUGUUACAACAUUACAAUAGGCAAAGCGCCGCUAAUUGAGGACACUGUGGAAAUUGUUAGUUUGCCCUGUUGCUAUUUUGAGGAUACUGCGGAUAUUGUUCUUGCCAGCUUACCAGUCAUAAAAACUCACGCCAGCGGUUUGGGGCAACUUCCAUACGUGAUCUAGCCACAUGAUUUUUCCGACUUCGUGUUAGAACAGGUAUUAUUGAGGAUACUGUACGUGGAUAUUGUUUUUGCCCUGUUGUGUAAGCUGCAAGAGCCGGAGGUUUGUCUUUUGCCUGCCAACUUUCACUAACUGGCAAACUACAGCGAGUACGGGGUAGGGUAUUGGAGAGAGGAGCAGAUAUUGUCACAGCAACAACCUGUUCCAUCCACCGCACGUUUCCUCGCAGCUGUGUCAUCGCGAGCUCGAGUUCUAAAUCCCGCGGAGUUUUGCGUCGGAUUUCCCGUCAUCCUGGUUACCAUAGCAACCGGGCAGUCUGUUGGAAUUUAUAGAACUUCUGCACAGCCUUGUGGUCACGUGGUCUUCCGUCUGUGGGGAGCCGUGUGACGUCACAUCAGAUUCUGGUGUUUUAGUGUUUGACAGCAGAACCAAUACCGUCAUGGCCGACGAACUCAACCCAGAAAAUAUCAAACAGAAGAUCAGUGCCAUAAGAGAAGUAGUUCUGAACCGCAGCAAUAACGAGAUCGUCCUGGUCCUGCAAUAUCACGACUAUGAUGUGGACAAGGCCAUCGCAUCCUUCAUGGAAGAUGGUGCAGCACAGGUGUUGAAGGAGUGGAAUUUUACAGGAAAAAAGUCGAACAACAAAAAGAAGAAGAAAAAGAACAAGGCGCAGCAAUCCCAGCAUGCCCAGCAGCCUGCCCCUCAGACUGAGGCUCCGAAGGAAGAUGACACCAGCUCCACAGAGGCGCCGACGGAAGGCUCCGUGAACCUUGACCUGGUCACCACAGCAACGGCGAAGUCAGACGACAUGCACUCCCCCACAAGUCCCAGUAUAGAGAGCGGGAUUGAGCCAGACAGUGUGCCCAAUGAGAGUGCAGUAGACCCUGUAGUGCUGGAUAGCAUGCCUAAUGGCCCUGUUCCGGUGACCCAUGACCCCAGCUCCCUGCCCAUAGGAGUCCCUCCUUCCCAGGAUCCUGUGCUGCCGGAGGCCUCUCUGUCCCAGGGUCCGGAGGUGGUGGUGGUGGAAGGAAGUGCGGAUGAAGGUACGAAACGAAAGUCUGGCAAGACUAACCCCGGAAAGGCCCGCGGUAAAGGGCGCAGCAGGAGACUCAACAGCCCGAGCAGGCUGUCCGUCAGUUCCGACCGCGUACGGACGAUAAGCGAGUCGUCCAAUCGCAGCCAAGCAUCCAGCCACGCCGCGGAGAAGGGGGCAGCGGGUUCGACAAAGAGACCAGCCAGCCUGGAUAAGGGAGGCUCUGGAAAGAAACCAGGAGCGGGUCUGGAACGUUCGGUGAAGGACCUUCAGAGGUCGACGGUUUCGCUGCAGCGGUACCGGAACCUGCUGAACGAGGAGAUCGACGCGUCCGUGAAGCGAAUCCAGACAGCGUUCCAGGAGCUGCACCAGCGGCUGGACGACAGGGAGGUGGCGCUAAUGCUGGAACUGGACCAUGUCAAGGCACAGGCUAUUGAGAUCCUGUCAAAACGCCAGCAGCAGGCUGUCGACCUGAAGGUGCGAACGGCUCGAGCACCCACCAUGACAGAGGCACAGCUGUCCGAGCUCAGGGCUGACAUCAAGCACUUCAUCAGUGACCGUAAGGUGGAUGAGGAGAUAGGGAAGACGACACGCUUCGCACGGGACCAGCACACCAUGCUCAAUACAAUUGACACAUUUGGUGAAGUUGUUCCAGUGAAGUGUGUGUACUCCACGCGGCGCCCGUCCCUCAGCUCCGUCUCCAGCAUCAACACCACCAGCUCCGUCUCCGAGCCCCCCACCCCCACCUCCCCCUCCCGACCCUUCCCCCCGUCCCCCACGGCCAACCAGAAGGACGAGGUGUUCGACAGCCUGGUCACCACGGGGAGCGUAACCGUGACGACGGCCCCGGGCAUGAGCACUGCGGAAAUGGUGGAGCUGCAGCACAGGCUGCAGGAGAACCUGAGACAGCAGGUCCGUCCUAUGGGAAUCAGCACGGCGUCUCCAGAGCGGCGCAGGCCCCAUGCUGGCAGCGCGCCGCCCCAGGGCCCCGGGAGGGACCGCGACCGGACGAACCAGAACCGGGACCGCGCCAGUCAGGGCCAGCAAGCCAACAGGGACAGAGGGGUGGGGCCGGUCAAAGGUCGCAGGAAUCAGGACAGGACCGGGCCGAACCAAGGCAGGACCGGACAGGGUCAGAAUAGGAACCAGGAUAGAGCCGGGUCAAAUCAGGGACAGCAGAACCGGAAUAGGGCCGGACAGAAUCGCCCUGGGUCGGGACAAACCCAGGCUGGGACCCAGGAGAGGACCCAGGACGGACAGAACCGGGAAAGGGCCGGAAACAAACCGUCCGGACAAGACAGGGCUGGGUCCGGAGCGAAGCAGGAUAGGACUGAACAAAAGAGGGAUGGGACCAAAGACAGACAGGAUGGGACUGAGCUAAAGCAGGGUGGGAAGGGACAGAAUCCUGACUCGAACAAGCCGACUGAGCCACGGCAGGACCAGGGGCAGAGACAAAACCGGGACAGGGGGACGAAAGAUAGAGGGAAUAAGCCACAACAGGGACAAGGUGGAAACAAGGGGAAAGGAGCAAACUCUGGGCAGCAGGGUAAUCGGGAACAGGGGACGGAGUCUCCUCAGAGAUCCGGUCGCAACCAGCGCCGGCGGGAUCGCGACCGGCGCGACGCCAGGAGGACGAACGACUCACAGGACAGUGCCAACCAAUCACAGGACAGCGGACCAAAGUCUUCUGGUCAGGAGAGGAAGCCCCAGUCAGCAGCGCCCUCUGCUGGCCCUAGCGGGGACAGCAGGCCUGUGGACAGCAAGCCAGCCAAGGCGGGUGUGGGCGCCGGGCAGUCGCCCAGCCGGCAGAGGAACCAGUCUCCACGGCACAACCAGCCGCGGAACCAGCAUCACGUGAAAGCAGCCGCUCCGAAGGUGAACGGCAGCGUGGAUCACGCCGUACAGAACGGGCCCAAAGCGCCCGAGAAGGACAUGAACGGGCCGAGCGCGCCCUCAGAUGCCCUCCCCCAGCGCAAGCCAAAGCAGAGGGGAGGCGUGCAGAGCAAGGAACAGCCAAAUGCCAUUCCCAACGGGGUGCCAGCACCUGAAGGAACAGCGACCACCAACGGAGACUGGGAGUGAGGUGGGAGGCAGAACCUGACGACGACGAUGGACCCACGCCGGAUACAGGCCUGUCAUGCCAAGGGACUACAUAAUGCUGCGGUUGCUAGGCAACAGGUGCUAAGAGACACGACACAGAAUGCUCCGCCCCAUUAAGCAAGUCUGUUGUAGACCCUCUUUCUUGUGGACUUUUCUAGAUCCACGUUUAAGAUAAAUGUUUAUCUUAAGAUGUUACACAGAUACAGUACUGAAGGCAGGAGGCUCAGAAUCAACUAAGAGUUGUCAGCAAAAUAUUUUUCUUUGUCUUCAUUUCAAAGUUUCAAGCUUGUUCAUCUGAUAAGCUUUUAAAUUUUUGUUUUGCCUUUUGUUUUGGAAGGUGCAUGUUGUCAUGUCAAAUUUCUCAGAGAUCUGACUCAGCAGGAAUAAAGUCUUAUCCACAUAACAGUUUUAAGUCAUUACGACUAGAGCUAUUCUACAAUUAUUCUGGCGAGUAGGCUGUCAAGUACAGAUUUCAAGGGACUCAGAAUGUGUCAAACAACUUCAGAAUGUGGCCUGAAGUCCCAAGACCAUCUUGAAAUCCUAAUACAAUAUCUUAAGUUUCUCAUCACUCCAGAAGUUUGAGUCUACCCACUUGAGCCUCCCUUUCAGAUCGCCUUGUAAAAGUGCCUUAACUGUGACAGGAAAAUGAAUUGAAUUGCAUCUUUAAAAACCUAGUACAAAUGUAGCAUUUAUGAAGUGUUGCGAUCACUUUCAAUAUGUAUUGUACACAAUGUAAACUGUGACAACCUCCCAUUUUAAAGUUGACCGUUCCAAAAUGUAAUGCUGGAAGGAACUAUCCCGCCCCCAAAGAGGGGUGAAAUGUAUUCUCUUGUAAAUCGUAGCCUAAAUGUAAAGGAAGUAUUUAUAAUCUUGGAUGAUGCCAUGAUAUAUACAUGUAUAGCUGUACGGUAAAGUUGGACUUAAAUACUAGUGUGUUUGGGUGGCCCCAGGGACCAACUCUCUCCGAGCCAAUAGUCUAGAGAACAUUAUAAAGAACCACUGUUUUUGUAGCACUACAGCUACCAUACAGAUUGCAACAUUGAAUAUGAAUUGCCACACGGAAUGUGUGGAGAAACUGUGGCAUGAUGUGGAAAGGUGGUUGUGGCAAUACAAGGUCUGCACAAGAACAUGUAGCAAUGUCUGUGGCAAUAUCAGUGUGCAAAUCAGCCUACCUGGGAUGUGUAUCUGCUAGAACUACAAGGAACAAAACCAACUGUUCAGACAACUUCUGAUUGUGCAAUCUCAAAAUGAGUUAAACCAUUAUACAAGCCAGUAAAUUCUUGUAAGGAAGAUUGACAUUUUGUCUUUAUGUUCUUUGUACUUUCUA